AUGGUGAAGAAGCCGCAGCCGCGCCGCCCACUUCUGGUGCGGCGAGUUCACCAGCCGCGGUUCCUGUGGUGCUCUCUCAUUACACAAGUACUGUAUUGUUUCUGCACAGGUAAGGCGAUGGUGGACUACAUCGCCGCGUAUCUAACUGGGCUACGUGACCGGCCCGUGAACCCAUCCGUACGGCCCGGCUACCUGCGUCCCCUGCUGCCCCCUGGCCCCCCGCAGCAAGGAGAGGCCUGGGAGAGAAUCUUUGAGGACAUGGAGCAGCUCAUCAUGCCUGGGAUUGCGCACUGGCAGAGCCCACACAUGCAUGGAUAUUUCCCGGCACUCAACUCGUACCCAUCGCUUCUUGGUGACAUGCUGGCGACUGGGAUUAAUUGUGUCGGCUUCACAUGGGCAUCUAACCCGGCGUCCACGGAGCUGCAGAUAGUGAUGACGGACUGGUUGGUGGACAUGCUGUCGCUCCCUGCCACCUUUCGACAUGAUCACCCAGACGGAUGUGGAGGUGGAGUCAUACAGAGCUCAGUGAGCGAAUGCACCAUGCUGGCCCUUCUGGCGGCACGGACACGCGCUCUUACACAGUUACGCGGCGAUGUGAGCCAGGACGUCGGCAAUGAUGCACUCCUCAACUCACGACUAGUGGGGUACACCUCAGACCAGGCUCACUCGUCAGUGCUAAAGGUGAGCCUCAUGUCGCUGGUGAGGCUGCGCUCACUGCCCACGGACUUGGAGUUCUCGCUGCGUGGGGAGACGCUCCGACGCGCUGUGGAGGAGGACAGAGCACAGGGACUUGUCCCAUUCUUCGUGUGCGCAACCCUUGGCACAACAGGCGUGUGCACCUUUGACAACAUGGCUGAACUGGGCCCAAUCUGCCGCCAGGAGGGGCUCUGGCUGCACGUGGACGCGGCGUACGUGGGCACUGCCUUCCUGUGUCCCGAGCUGCGUGACCCCCUGCGCGGGGUCGAGUUUGCCGACUCGUUCGUGGUCAACCCUGGCAAGUGGAUGAUGGUCAACCUGGACUGCGCCGUAUUUUGGGUGGCGGACAAGCGGAGUCUGCAGAGCACGUUCUGCGUGGAGCCGCACUACUUGCAGCACGAACACUCCGGUUCGGUCACAGACUUCAUGCACUGGCAGAUCCCGCUGACUGUGCGUUUCCGCUCGCUCAAGCUGUGGUUUGUGAUUCGCUCGUUCGGGCUGGACGGCCUGCAGGAGCACGUGCGCAGGACCAAUAAACUUGCAAGGUAUUUUGAAAGCCUCGUCAGAGAAGACCCCCACUUCGAAAUUCCAGCGAAGAGCAACUUGGGACUCGUUGUGUUUCGUCUCCAGGGCCCAAACGAACUGACAGAGACACUUCUCAGGCGACUCAAUCAGUCGCAGCAGCUGUUUGUGGUGCCAGCCAUGGCCGGGGACAAGUUCAUCAUCCGCUUUGUCAUCACGUCUCAGUUCACCACAGAGGCGGAUGUGCUACGGGACUGGCGGCUCGUGUUGCAGGCUGCUACAGACCUGCUGCAGGGCUCAGCAGCCAAGGACGACGCGAGCGGAAUGGAGAUCUGCAUUGUGGGCAGAGAGGAAGAGACUGCCCUUGACCACCAGAGUCAAGGGUGUCUAGAGGUCAUGGCACUGGCCAGGAGUUAAGAGCUCUCUCGUGCCAGAUGGUGGAAAUCUCCCUGAUAUCCCCCAAAUAAUGUAUUUACUUGAGGGCCGGAUUUAAAAAGUUUGAGAUUUUAUGAUCACCCCCCCCCGCCUCCUAGAAGUUUCUAGAUCUGCCUCCAUUGAUAUUUUCAACAUUUAAUUUGGAAGUGAUGUAAUACAAGUUGUGGGUACUGAAUGAUGGGGGCAUA